AUGUGGGUUAAAGGGGAGCGGAUCGACCCGGACGCUCGCUUUUACCUUCGCAUUGGUUUAAAGCAGUCAAAUCUCGAGGACGCCGACAAUCUCAUUCACAAAGUGUCGGAUCCAUCGUCCCCCAGCUAUGGUAAGCAUUACUCUGGACAAGACAUUGUUGAGAUUUUUGCCCCCUCAAAUGAUACCGUCGAGACUGUCCGCUCGUGGAUUUCCAAAUAUGGAGGGUCUUCAGCAUUAUCCCCAGAUAGGGGAUGGCUGUACGUCAACAUGUCAGUCAUCGAAGCUGAAACCAUGCUUAACGCGACUUAUCACAAGUACCACCAUACCCUACAAGAGUAUUCAACACUAUCAUGCGAGGAAUACUAUCUUCCUGCCUCUGUGCGCCCACAUAUCGACUUUGUCACCCCAGGCGUCAUGCUUCUCGCGCCUAAGCAAUCGCGUACCAACACAAAAGUCAAGAGACAGGAACCUAUUUUUCAACCCGCUUCCAGCAGUCCGCCUUCAACUGGCACGUCCAAGUGCGGUGACGCCGUUACUCCCGAUUGCAUACGAAAACUUUACAAUAUACCCACGAAUAAAUUGAAAAGUCCGUCUAAUAGCCUCGGAAUCUUUGAAACAGGGGACUAUUAUGCCCAAGAAGAUUUAGAUCUGUUCUUUGGCAAAUUCUCACCCAACAUCCCGAAGGGGACCCACCCUAAGCUCGUUUCAAUCGAUGGAGGCUCUGCACCGGUCAAGCCAGCCGAGGCCGAUGGGGAGUCCGAUCUUGACCUGCAGGUCGCUUACCCGCUUGUAUACCCUCAGUCAAUCACCUUGUACCAAACCGACGACAAAGUGUACACUGUAAACGGCGCUGGAGGACUGUUUAACAACUUUCUCAACGCCAUUGACGGGUCAUAUUGUUCUUACAAAGCCUUUGGGGAGAAGGGUAAUGAUCCUGCAUUCGAUGAUGUUUAUCCUGAUACACAACCUGGCGGUUACACGGGCAAGACGCAAUGCGGCAUCUCGAAACCAACGAACGUGAUUUCCAUCUCGUACAGCAAAUCGGAGUCGGAUUUGCCUUUCUACUACCAGCAACGCCAAUGCAAUGAAUUUAUGAAACUCGCACUCCAGGGACACACUGUUCUAGUUGCCUCUGGUGAUGCCGGUGUGGCCUCUCGCUCCUGGGACCCAGAGCCGAACGGAUGUCUCGGUUCGAACAAUACGGUGUUCAAUCCUAACUUUCCCGGAAACUGUCCGUACGUUACAGUUGUUGGUGGAACUAGACUACCCGCUGGCGCUUCAGUCACUGAGCCAGAAGUUGCUGCGUAUCUCCCGCAUCAAGACGGUUCGGAUAGCACAUACACAAGUGGUGGAGGGUUCAGUACCAUCUACUCUAUCCCAAGCUAUCAGAAAGCAGCACUCGAUACAUAUUACACGCACCAUGAUCCAGGUCACAAAUCCUUCAGUGUUAUACACAAUGCUACACACAAUGACACAGCUCCCAUUGGCGCAAAUGGAGGCAUUUACAAUCGCAUAGGCAGAGGUAUGCCUGAUGUUUCGGCUAUCAGUCAAGAUAUAGUAACGUAUGUGGAUCGUGAGUACGGGCUCAUAAGCGGUACUAGCGCGGCGACGCCUUUAUUUGCUUCCAUUGUGACCCUCAUCAAUGAACAGAGACUCAAAGCUGGAAAAAGUCCUGUUGGCUUCAUAAAUCUAGUCAUGUAUCAAAACCCUCAGAUUUUCAACGACAUCACCAAAGGAAACAACGAGGGAUGCGGUACUAAAGGUUUUUCUGCAGUUCCAGGAUGGGAUCCAGUGACUGGGCUUGGGACACCUAAGUAUCCUGCAAUGUUGAAGUUAUUUAUGGAUUUACCUUGA